UAUUCAAGCCGAACGUUUGGUGUGCUCUCUGAGAUUAGAAAUCCGUUGCAUUGUUGUUAGAUAAGUAUGAGAUUCAAGAAGCGUUUAAUUUACGUAGCCGAGAAUGAAAAGAGUCAAGAUUGUGCCGGACAGGCCGAAUCGCCUGUUCGAGAGCUGGUUGGAAGAAUGGAAAAACGAGGCGAUGCUCCGAAACUCAGAGCUGUGCAGUCACUUUGCGAAGGCUUUGGACUCGCUGAGACGGUACCCGUUGCCGUUAGAGUCAGGUAGGGAGUGCAUAAUUUUGAAGCACUUUGGUGUAAAACUGUGCUCGAUGCUAGAUAGAAAGCUGGAGGAGCACAGGAGACAGGAGUCCACCAAAACUAUCGACGCUCGUUCCUCCGAGGCUGGUGGUAAGGAGGAUUGUACAGCCGCGUUGAGAGAGAGACCUAUAGAAGAAUGCCAAGUGAUUGAAAUACAGGAGAAAACGGUGGUAGCCAAACAAACUAAACAUGCUAAAAAAAACGCGCCGAAAAGAUUGGUAAACGCGAACGAGAUUACAUCGAAGGAAGCCGAGUACAGGCAAAUUUUCCUUGAACCUAGUACUUUUGAUAUCGUGUUAUUGGUGGACACUCAAGAAACUUGCGGUGGAAAAACUAAGCCUCAGCAUGAUGCCACGCUCGCGGAGUUGACAAAGCUUGGCAUACUGUUUGAAGUACGUCGUCUUAAGGUCGGCGAUUUUGUGUGGAUAGCCAGGUGUCGAGAAACUAACAAUGAGUUAGUUAUGCCUUACAUAAUAGAGAGAAAGCGAAUGGAUGAUCUAAGUGCGAGCAUUGUAGAUGGAAGGUUUCAUGAACAAAAGUUUCGAUUGAAGCAGUCUGGUAUUGAGAAUUUGAUGUAUAUAGUAGAAAAUAUCGAUAAGAACUCCAGAUUUUCUAUACCGCUCCCAUCAUUGUUUCAAGCUUCUGUGAAUUGUCUGGUUCAAGAUGGCUUUACUGUGAAAUAUACAAAGAAUCAUAAAGAUUCUAUGUCGCACUUGUCAUGUAUAACAAAGAUUCUAAUCAAAAUUUACAAGGAUAAGAGGCUUGUUGGAUGCAAGAAAGAACAUCUUAUCCAGACAGAUAAUGUAGGUAACACAAUGCGCCUUAUGGAAUUCAAAGAAUUCAAUAAAGCAUCUUCCAAACAGAAGACGUUUAGAGUAAGCGAGAUGUUUAUUCGCCAAUUGUUACAAUUGAAAGGCAUGUCCAUUGACAAAGCCACAGCGAUCGUAGAACGUUACGCUACACCGCAAAUUUUAAUCAUGGCUUUAGAAAAUUCUGAUAAGAAUGGAGAGCAAUUAUUGGCAGACAUUCAGGCCGGUGACAAAAAACGACGGCUUGGACCUGCCAUCAUUUCCGCGUUCACAGGCAUUACUCUGUACAUGUUUAGCACAUUUAUUCCACAAAUUCUCGAUAUAUUUUUACCGCUGAACGAGUCACGCCCGUGGGUGCAUCCUUUCCAUGCCGAAUUCUUCCUUGAUGAAGAAAAAGAUUUUUACAUUAUCCGAUUUAUAAUGUAUUUCGGUAUUGUAUUCGUAUUGGGAGUGGUUAUUGCCAACGGGACCAUAUUCGUCAUUUACACACAGCAUGCCACUGGAAUGUUUACUAUACUGGGACAUCGUGCAGAGCAGUUAUUUUGCAAUGAACAGUUAUCCAAGAACCGAACCAUCCGUGGAAAAAAUCAUGGAAACAUUGCUCUCUUUGUCAAGGAUCAUCGCAGCAUUUUACAGUUUGUGGACAUUGUUCAAUCAUGUUACGGUCUGAGUCUUUUUAUUGAAUUUUUAAGUUUAGUGGUCCUGUUAGGCCUCACGAUGGUACAAAUAAUUAAACUCUCCGGACUGGAUCGGCCAUUUAGAAGUAUAAUGUACAUCACUGGACAAAUAGCUUACAUGUUUAUGUAUAGUUACAUGGGUCAACAAUUAAUUGACAAGAGCACGCAGUUAUCUCUGAAGAUAUAUUCUAUAAAAUGGCAUAGUAUAGCUGUUUGGAAGCAGAAGAUGAUGAUAUUUAUUAUAUUGAAAUGCAUGCAUACGAUUACCAUUAACGCGUAUAACAUUUUCUUUCUGAGCUUAGAAAGUUUUUCGACGGUAAGCGAAAACGACAUCAAUGUUAAAUUAAAAUCAGAACAAUCUCUGUUCUUUUCUAAAUUCCGGUGCGAUUUCUGUUUUAAGAUCAUGCAGUCGGCCCUAUCGUUUGGUAUGAUGCUGAGACGCUUUUGAAGCACUGUUUAUGUACAAUUAGAGAAAUAGUGUUUGUGUGUAGUCAAUAUCUAAAAUGAAAUUAUUAUUAAUAUAUUUUUCAGUUUUACAGUA